GUUGGUGGAAGUGUAGGGAGUGUAAUAAGAUGGGAGGUGGAGCGGGCGAGGCGGGGUGACCAUGGCGGCUGUGUCACGUGGUCCGGUCUGGCUCAGUGUGGCACAGAACGCCGUCACGCCAACACCUCCCAGCUAGGCCCUCCUCCCACACUCCCCCGUGAAUGACUUCCUAAAUCCCAUGACCCACGGCAUGCCAGGAGCCUAUUCCGGGCUGCUCGUGUUCCCCAGGACGCCCCUUGAUGUGAAUUAGAUGAAGGAGGAGAAAAAAUUAUGGGUGUUAUGAUGUGUUAAUUUUUGUCCUGGUGACCGGUGUGUGUGUGCUCCGUGCUAACCCAAUGGUUGUGCUGGUGUGGCUAUGAUGUGGUUGACGGUGAAGUGCCAGAGUCUGGGGCGUGGUGAGCCGCCCCCGCGUGGCGUCCGUGUGUUGCAGUGUGCGAGCAGUGUAGUGCCGUGUUCCGUCACCUUGUCCUACGUGCCCGUCAUGUGGCGGGCGGCGUGACUCGUGGGCGGCAGGUGUUGUGGGCGGUACCAUGGGCGGCAGUUAGCAGCGCGGCGCGGGUGUGUCGCGGGAGUGGGCGGCCGUAAUGGCCCCCGCCCUCACUGAGGCGUCCGACCCGCAGACGUUCCACGUGGCUGCCCACCACCACCACCAUCACUCCUCUUCGGGGCGCCCCGGCCAGAGCCCCUCGGGCCGCAGCAGCUCCCCGCCCGCCACGCACCUCCCCCUCCAGUAUGGCGGGCUGAAGGAGCCCCACGACUGCACCGACGCCCACUUGGCCGCCGCCCUCGCCAACUGUUCGCGUCGAGCCUCCCGCCCCCCGGGCGCGGGUGGGUUGGCGUGCGGGCGGGAGGGCUGCGACCCUCCCCCACGCCCUCACGCCACCCACACUACCAUGGACCCCCCGUCGGGCCCUCCUCCCCAGUGUGAAGCAGAAAGUAGCACCACCACCACUACCACCACUCAGCAGGAGAAUAGCGAGGUGGCCACCAUGGGCCAGGACACGACGCCUGACGCCAUGGCGCCCCACAAGUCCCCUCGGCCGCCAUCCCACGACGGGGAUCUCCUCGCACUCAUCGGCCGAGACUUCCCCAACAUGAACGAAAUCAUUGACACCCUAACCCGUCUGGCGGACAACCCCGAGGUGCUGGCGGCGGUGGACACCGCGGCUGACCAGCAGCAGCAGCAACAACAACAGCAACAACAGCAACAGCAUCAGCAGCAGCAACAACAACAACAGCAAGAGCCACAGCAGGAUGAGGUGCCCAAAGAGGAGCGUGCCAGGCUCCUCGUCGAGGAAUUAGGGCGUCGCCAAUGGCUUUUAGAGCGGCGCCAGGCUCGCCUGCAGCGCCGCCUCCGCCGAGUCACUUCCCGAGGCUUGAGCGCCACGGUGUCUGGCCAGCUGCGGGACCUGCUGGACCACGGGCAUGCGGUGCUGGCCCAGCAGCGGGAGCAGCAGGCGCCCCAAGAUGAUGGGACCGCGCCUCCCACGCCUCCCGAGGUGAACCUAGAGACAUUACGGGCGGAUGCCAUGCGAAGCAUGUCCACCACGGCCUUGGUAAACCUGGUGCGGCGAGUGGAGGCGUCCCAGGGGCUAGCCAGGCUUGCCUCAGCCUCACACCGUGGCCCAGCCCGCACCCAGCAGACCCCCGCCCCCUCCCCUGCCCUACCGGAACACACCCGGGUGGAGGUGGGCGCCGUGGUGGGUGAGAUGCAGGCCGCCGCACACGCCCACACCCACCAUGACUCCGACGCCACAGAAACUUCCUCGGGAGGGGAGUCUUGUGACGAGCUGGAGGGCUUCCCAGACACCAACACCAACUACAUCCCAGUGCAGGAGCGGGGCGUUCGCGAGGUAUUGCCGGGCGCGGGCGUGGGUGGCCUCCCGCUGGACGUGGCUGCAGGCCCAGAUUGCAGACCUUGA